AAUAUAUGUACGUUUCAACCAUUACUUGUUUUAGAGAGAGAGAGAGAAUUAAGGAAAGGGGGAAGCCCUUGCAUUUCUCAUGAACUGCAGAGUCGUUUUGGGUUUCUAUUGUUGGGGUUGGGAGUUCUUAACUGCAUGCCCUUCUUCUCUUCUCCGCUUAUCAUCCUUAACCUUCUUCUUCUUCUUCUGGUUCUUGAACUAAGCAAUUAAGAUCAAAAUCCUCUAAUCUUCUAGUCCUCUCUCUCUCUCUCAAGAUCAGUUCCAUUAAUAAUAUACAAUGAUGGAGGGCGGUAUGUGUGAAAAGGGUUUGUUAAUGGAAUAUGUGCGGAAGUCAAGUCCACCACCAUUCUUGCUGAAGACGUACGUACUGGUAGAGGAUCCGGCGACAGACGAGGUGAUAUCGUGGAACACGGAGGGAACAGCGUUUGUGGUGUGGCAGCCGGCGGAGUUUGCCCGUGAUAUCCUCCCAACACUUUUCAAGCAUAGCAACUUCUCUAGCUUUGUACGCCAGCUCAAUACCUAUGGUUUUCGAAAAAUUGCGACAAACCGGUGGGAGUUUUACAACGAUCUUUUCAGAAAGGGUGAGAAAGAGUUACUAUGUAAUAUCCGUCGAAGAAAACCGUGGGUCAACAAGCAAAUAUUACAAGAAGUGACACCAAAUCAAGACCAUGUCGACUACUGUGAAGAAGAUCAAAGAUCUUCGUCGACUUCAUCAUCAUCGGGGUAUGGUACUCUUAUCGACGAAAACAAACGUCUCAAGAAGGAGAAUGUGGACUUGAAUUCCGAGCUUAAAAGCAUGAAAAAGAAGUGCAAGGAGCUUCUUGAUUUGGUGGCUAAGUAUGCAAAUUCAGAGAAAGAAGAUGAUGAAAGGGUGCCCAAGUUGUUUGGAGUGAGACUGCUGGAAGUCCAAGGAGAUAAGAGGAGGGAGAUGAUGAAGAGAAAAAGCGCAGAGAUUAGUGAAAGCGCAAGCAUUUUGCUUUCUCAAUCAUGCAAAUAAAUAAAUGAAUUUCAUAUUGUAGAGUAUAAUCAAAGUGGUAUUAGCUACUUAAAAAUUAAGUGGCACAGAAUAUCUUAGUGAGAAAAAUAGCUUAGACUAAGGAAGGCACUAUAAUGUCUAAUGUAUUAUAAAGCUAGCAAACGAACUAUAAAGAUAGUUCAAGUAGCAUAUGUAAAUUUGAUUAAACGGGCACAAGCCUGUUCUAUAUAAACGUUUAUGGUUUGAAAUGUAA